AUGGACUUGACGGAACAUUUCCAGAGAGUGGGCUUGAGCCUUUUCGUGGCUUUCAAGGCAUUAUCGAUUAAUGAAACUCCGGUUGCAUGUAUACUAGUUUCCAAGAAGAGUUCUAAGGUGAUUAGUAUAGGCUAUAAUGAUACGAAUCGCUCAUUGAAUGGUACUAGGCAUGCAGAGUUCAUCGCAAUUGACUAUAUACUAGAUAACGUAGAAGACACCUUUCCUGUAGAUGACCUAAUUCUCUAUGUAACAGUCGAACCAUGUAUAAUGUGUGCUUCGGCCUUGAAACAGGUAGGUAUCCAGUGUGUGGUGUAUGGCUGUGGGAACGACAGAUUCGGAGGGAAUGGAACCGUAUUAUCUUUACAUGAGAAUAACUACGGGAUCAUCCCUGGAAUAUUAAGGACGGAAGCCAUUCAACUUCUUCGAAACUUUUACAUACAAGAGAACGAAUCGGCUCCUGAUCCAAAGAUCAAGAAGAACAAGGAAUUGGAAAAUAAAUUGUAUCCAGAGAUGGACUACGGUAAGUAUAUGAAUGAAAGCGAAUUCAUAAAAAUAUAUGGGCUAGAAAGGUUGAAUAGCACAUAUAUAAACAAAAAAGAGAUUACUCCGGUUAUUGGGAAAGGCUAUAGAGUAUCAGAUUUAGUUCUGUUAGAUGAUGUAAUGGGGAUGCCUGGCUUGGAGAAUAUGUACCUGAGAGAUAAGAAAUGUUCCGGUCCUAUGACAAGAGAAGCAGUUGCACAGGAUUUGGACUCAUUUUAUCGUAUGUUUUACGCCGUAGAUGACGAAGGUGACGUUACUUUUGGAACACACAUUAAGAUAAUCGGGUCAGAGAAUAAAAUAGAAUUCAUAAAAGAAGGUUCUGAUAGAGAUACCAAUGAAGUGAAAGAGCCCAUAGAAAAUGGGGUAGAAAAGAAAAGGCGCAAGUUAUCUAACGAAGGACAUUUGCACUAA